AAAUAGGAGCCUGGGAACCUGGGGUCCUGAGGCAGGGCUUGGGCUCUCAGGCUUGCGGGGCGGUGUUGGGCGGGGGGUCGGAAAGUUUGUGCUUUGGGGACCUUCGCUCGGUCUGGGGCUUGCCCCGGCAGAGGAAGAGUCGAGCCCACGGAACCGGCCCGGAGAGCCUGCGGGGACGUGGUUUUCCCGUCGGGCGGAGCCCGAGGGCGGGCGCGGAGAUUUCCUAUGGACCCUUAACCGGUGGCCCUCUCAGAACCUGUAGGAGGGAUAAGUGGUGUUUUCAAAUCCAAGUUCUGGUACCACUGCUGUUAGUUUAAGGAUUUGCUGAUUGUCCCUGUCGAUUCCUAGAGUGUUUCCAAGGGACAGGGGAGUGGAUAGUGUCUUUGAUUCCUUCUUCACUUCCUGAGUUUAGCGUCAGAGACCCUAGAUGGCCAAACUUACUGCUGGAUCACCCUGAGCUUCCUUUGCAUUUAGUGGCAGUGACAUGGCUGUGCCCCAGGCUUCUCCACCGGGGCCCCUCCAUGAGCCUGCCAUGGAUCUCCAGCCUUGCCCUCGAAGCUUGGCUGAGAGCUUCCUGGAGGAGGAGCUGCGGCUCAAUGCUGAGCUGAGCCAGCUACAGUUCUCGGAGCCUGUGGGCAUCAUCUACAAUCCUGUGGAGUACGCGUGGGAACCACACCGCAGCUAUGUGACCCGCUACUGCCAGGGCCCCAAGGAAGUGCUGUUCCUGGGCAUGAACCCCGGACCCUUUGGCAUGGCCCAGACUGGGGUGCCCUUUGGGGAAGUGAGUAUAGUCCGGGACUGGUUGGGCAUUGGGGGACCUGUGUUGACCCCACCCCAAGAGCACCCGAAGCGACCAGUGCUGGGACUGGAGUGCCCUCAGUCAGAGGUGAGCGGUGCCCGGUUCUGGGGCUUUUUCCGGAACCUCUGUGGACAGCCCGAGGUCUUCUUCCGUCGCUGUUUCGUCCACAAUCUGUGUCCUUUGCUCUUCUUGACUCCCAGUGGGCGCAACCUCACGCCUGCUGAGCUACCUGCCAGGCAGCGAGAACAGCUUCUUGGGGCCUGUGAUGCGGUCCUCUGCCGACAGGUGCAGCUUCUGGGGGUGCGGCUGGUAGUGGGCGUGGGGCGGCUGGCGGAGCAGCGGGCGCGGCGGGCUCUGGCAGGCCUGAUGCCUGAAGUGCAGGUGGAGGGGCUCCUGCACCCCUCACCUCGGAGCCCUCAGGCCAACAGGGGAUGGGAGGCAGCAGCCACGGAGAGGCUGAAUGAGCUGGGGCUGCUGCCGCUGCUAACAAAGUGAGGGCCCCUAUGGCCCAGCACAGGAGGUUUUCUAGGCCCCCAGGUCAUCCUGGGGGGAGCAGAGGACUGUGUAUGCCUGGACUGGAGCCACAGGCUCCUUCUGGGCUCCCCGGUUGCUGGGACCUGCCGUGGCAGUUUUGACACUACUCCCUGCAUCCUUCACCUUCUUUGAGCGUUGCCCCUGCAGUAACCGGCUGCACGGAGCCUUGGUGUCCGAGGACUGUUCUACCUCACCGUGUCCUGAGGAGCCUCCGGUCAGCUGUGAGUGGUCUGAGCAGUGACUUCUGAGGCUUUUUUUGAGAGAAGAGCCUGCCAGGAUCCUCACCUGUCCUCUUAGAACAACUGCCUUCAAGCUGAGCCAUUUCCUCACAAGGACCAGGACAAAUGGAGGGCUGUGGGUGUUACGAGUGAACUUCUUCCGGGAGAUGGAAGCUGGAUCAGAGAAAGGAUUCAGCAUGGCCGAAUAGGGAAGACCAGAAGACUGGCUUUCUUCAUCUUGGCUUUGAGACUUCAUGACUUUGGACCAAUUUGAUUAACCUCUCCAAGCCUCGGGAUCCUCGUCUGUAAAAUGGGGCUCCCUGCCACAUGGGGUGGGGGUGGGGGUUAAGUGAGAUAACACUUGAAAGUGCCUUGCGUCAUGCCUGGCAGGUGGGGGCUCCUGCUUCUUGCUUUUUUGCCUCUUGAUUGGGGUGUCACUGUACCACACUACAGGGGGAGCUCCCCCACUCCGAAGACCUUGCUGGGUGAGGGGUGGAUCCUUGUCCUGCUACAGGUGGACCAAUAACUUUAUGAAAAACCCAGCCUGUGAUUUUUCAGUCUGAGCAUUAAAAACUCUCAAACUGGGGCGCCUAGGUGGCUCAGCUAGUUAGGCGGC